AUGCUUCUCGGAGAGGAGGAGCGUCGAGGCAAGUGUCACAUGCCCAACGUCCACGGACAUGUUUCUCGAGCAAUUUGUCGUGGCGGUAAGAAGAGAAUGGGAGCGAGCGAGAUGGAGAUGGAGAUGGUAAGGGAAGGGGAGGGGGGAGGCCCACCGACACCGAACCCCAGAGGACUGCUGCUGAUGCCAUGGGUCGGGAUGUCCAAUGUCGACGACGACUACAACGACGGCAUCGCCUGCUCGAAUGUGCUCCGCGAGGACAUUCUUAUCUCACUGCAGGACACGGCCCGAGGGGCCCCGAGAGCGCAGCGCAGGGCAGAGCAGGCCCGGCCUGACCGCGCGCGGUGGCGAACGAGGAGCGGGCAGAGGAGCUUUUUAUCCCGGAGCGAAGAGAGCAAUGGCGAUGGCGGACCUGGAAGCGAUGACCGAAUGACAAUGAAUGAAUGA